CCCCAUUUCACAAUGUCACUGUGGACCCGUUUGCUUCCAGUCACGCUUGCUGCAGCUCGCCAGUCGCCAAUCGUCGUCCCGCGCGCCGCCGCCGCGAUCGCCCAGCACCAGCACGCCGCUGCCAUUGCUUCGAAGCGAUCCAUGUCGAGCACCACUGCGAAUCCGCUCAUUCGCGAGGAUUUGACCGGCGCUGACAGCGGUGUCGCCGUGUUGACUUUGGCCAAUCCGACCAGCCGGAACGCGUUGAGCCGCGCACUGCUGGCUCGUUUCCAGACAGAGCUGGAAUCGCUGCGCAACAGCAAGGAUAUUCGAGUACUGGUCAUCCGAUCGGGUAUCGACAAGGUCUUUUGCGCUGGUGCCGAUCUUAAGGAACGCUUGUCUAUGACUCCCGAAGAAGUCGGCGCGUUUGUCACCAGCCUGCGAACCACCUUCUCUGCCAUUGAGGAACUCCCCAUUCCCACCAUCGCCGCUAUUGACGGCGCCGCUCUUGGCGGCGGCUUGGAGCUGGCUCUGGCCUGCGACAUUCGCGUUGCUGGCGAAACCGCCAAGCUUGGUCUUCCCGAAACGAAGCUCGCCAUUAUUCCCGGCGCCGGUGGCACGCAACGCCUUCCUCGUGUCGUCGGUGUUGCUCGUGCGAAAGAGCUCAUUUUCACCGCUCGCGUUCUCGACCCGGCCACCUCUGAGAAAUACGGUCUGGUUCAACACGCCGUGCAAGGUGUUGCCUACGCCAAGGCUCUGGAAAUUGCUCGCGAGAUUCUUCCCAAAGGUCCCGUUGCUAUCAAGGCUGCCAAAGUGGCAGUCGACAAUGCCUUGGAGGGAGAUCGCGCCGCUGGCAUGAUUUUGGAACAAGAGUGCUACGCAAAGGUCAUUCCUACGCUGGAUCGUCUCGAAGGUCUCCUCGCUUUCAAGGAAAAGCGCGAACCCAAGUACAAGGGUCAUUAAACCUCACUCCCAGCCUUUUGCGCAAAGUUCAACGCGACCAAAGAGUGAUUGUGUGAUAAUAAUACAUCCAAGUUGGCACAGAGACUGAACAACCUCAACCAAAAUUGGAAAAAAAAGAAAAGAAACAGCAGCUAGGCCAAGCCCAUGAAAGAAUUACAAAUAGAACCGCUGGAAAUCAUUCGC